UCUUUUAAGGGCUUUGCUUAACAGUUAGUUCUGAACAAGCGGAGGAGAGCGACAGCUCGAUACAAACCAGCCAGCAAAUGGACAGUGCCAGUAUCAGCGGAAUAGUGAUGUUGGUAACUUGUGAUCCUGGUAGCGAAGAGAAAGAGGGAGACGAGAAAGUGCCUGCAAACCAGUGUCUGGAGCUCUUCCGUUGGCAUGUUCCGGAUGGCUGGCAAAGCCCCGUCCCGCUUCUGUAUAACGCCACGGUCCCCAUGAUUCGGAAGCCACAGGCGCGAAAAACUGCAAUUGUGAAGCUGGAUUUAGGAUCAGGAGGAUGGAAGGAGGCAAGAGUGAAAUGGGCUCACGACAGUUUAGAGGAUGGCAACUUGAGACUGGUUAAGAAGAAAUGCAACUAUACUGCUACGAUAGUAUUCACUGCGUCGAAACUUGCCUCAGAAGAGCACAGCGAGCUCACGGAGCUGCGGAAGAUUUGCAAUGCUGACGGACUGCAGACGACAGCCGGACGUCGACUCAAGUGUUUACUUAAAGGGGAAUAUCAGCAGGAGGUUUGCCGCUAUCCACUAGACGACAGCGACGGAGAAUCAAAGUCUGAAUAGCUCCUAUGAAAUUGUGAUACAAUAAAAAAAGGAAACAUGAAAAUACCAGGCUUUAUUCCAGGUGAAAGAAAUGCUGCAGCGUGCCGCAUUGUCACAUAAUUUGUCCUCUGAAGAAAAUGUGUUUUAAACAUUUAU